AUGAAACUAAAAAGAAAAAAGCCUAUUGUUAUUUCUGAAAGUAGGUUGCGAGUUUAAUGUUGCAGUGUAUUUAUUCAAUUCUCUUGAUCUGUGUUGAUUCUGCGCUGUGGAUCCCAGUUCUACAGCGCCUACACUGACACAGUUUGAAAUAAUACAACAAAGCCUUCUUUUUCUAAAUUUAGACAGGAUCUUCCUAGCUAGAAGACCUGAGUGAAUUGAGUGGUGACACAUAUACUUUUAAGAUCUCAGGGACUGAAGUUGGAGCACGUAAGACAGGAAACGGACUUCAGACAGAAAGAAGAGAUGCAGAAUCGGUGUGCUGUAAAUGUGACAACAGAGCAGUGCUGUGGGGAGCACAGAAAAAGACUGGAGCUCUUUUGCCAGGAGGAUGAGGCCUUUAUUUGUGUCCUUUGUGUUCCCAGACAUUCCAGCCACAGUUUUCUGUUCCUGCAUGAGGCUCUCCAUGUGUAUAAGGACAAGCUAAAAACAGCCUUAUCAUCCCUGGAAUUAAAAGUCGAGCAUCUUCAAGAUCAGCAUCACACAAAUGACAAGGAACUCCUGGACAUACAUGAUGAUUCUUAUAGUUUGGAACAACACAUCAUACAAGAGUUUACAAAACUGCACCUGUUACUACAUGACUGGGAGCAAAAAUUAGUCCAGCAGCUUAAAAAUAACAAUGUGGCAGUUCUGAAACAGAUGGAAGAAAACCUUGAAUGUACAAAACAUGAUGCUGCGGUCAGCGAUGUGAAAGUACCCAAUGCCAGCUUGGAGUUCAGGAAGGAAAUAGCACUGACUGUGGAAGAGAUGAAAGAAAAUGCUGAAAACGUUAAAAAUGAUGUUCCUGUAAAAUGUAAAGCAUUGUAUGAUAAGUCAGAGCCUAGAAAACAGAAAACAGUUGAUUUUCUAGCUGGUGAUGCUUAUAGUUUGGAACAAUACAUUAUGCGAGAGUUUACAAAACUGCACCUGUUACUACAUGACUGGGAGCAAAAAUUACUCCAACAGCUUAAAAAUAACAAAGUGGCAGUUCUGAAACAGAUGGAAGAAAACCUUGAAUGUACAAAACAUGAUGAUGUGGUCACCAGUGUGAAAGUACCCAAUGGCAGCUUGGAGUUCAGGCAGGAAAUAACACUGACUGUGGAAGAGAUGAAAGAAAAUGCUGAAAACAUUAAAAAUGAUGUUCCUGCAACAUGUAAAUCAUUGUAUGAUAAGUCGGAGACUAGAAGACAGGAAACUGUUGGUUUUCUAACUGUUCCAGAAACCUUUGAGGAUGUUGCUGUCAUCUUCUCAGAAGAAGAGUGGAAGAUGUUAAGAAAACAAGACAAGGAGCUUCACAAGGAAGUGAUGGUGCAGAACUAUGAAACACUGAUUUCAGUAGGAUACAAAAUCCCUCCUGAGAAAUUGUUGUUGCUGCUUAAAGAUACUCAUGAUAAACUGUUAAAUGAUGACGUAGAGGGUAACGACACAGAACAGAAGGAGAAUCCUGAAGAUAAGCUCAACAGUUUUAGGAGCAGAGACUGCAGUGUGUUUUGCAGUCAACAGCCAUCAUUUGGGAAAUCCCAUCCUCACGAAAACCUACUGCUGUCUGCUGAGCCUGCGAAGGACUACACAAAACAUCACCUACGUCAUAACUGGAUCAAGAGCUCUGAAUGUGACAGUGACACAUCCUUAUUACAUCACUCUAGACAGAACCCACAGCAGUGUGUUCAGCCUGUGAACAGGUACAACAGGGUUCAUCCUGUUACUGCCCCAGGGUUUCAUUUAGGAUGUAACUACAGCAGCAGCCCUAAGAGUAAUGGUGAACCUCCCCUUAUACAGCAUUGUGCUCAGAAUGUGUUGGACACCGACAGACUUCUUCCCCCUGUUGUACCACAGCACCAGUCUGGACAUAAUUGCAACAAGAGGUCUGAAUGCUACACAUGUCUUAGUAAAAAGAAAAGUGCAGUAAUUUAUCAGACAUGCCACAAAGGAGCGAAAUCAUAUAAAUGCACUGAAUGCAAUAAGCAGUUUAUAUGUCAAAGUCAUCUGAAGUACCAUCAGCCCGUCCACACAGUGGGGAACACUCACACAUGGGGAAAAACAUAUAAAUGUCCAAAAUGCAGUAAGUGUUUUACACAUAAAUAUCUACUUGGAGGCCAUCAAAAAGUUCACACAGGUGCGAAGCCGUAUAAUUGUGAUAAAUGUAGUAAGUGUUUUGCAUGGAAAAAGAAACUUGUAGCCCAUCAACAAAUUCACACAGGGGUAAAACCAUAUAAAUGUGCUGCAUGUAGUAAGUGCUUUGCAUGGAAACACUACCUUUUAUCACAUCAAAAAAUUCACACAAGUACAAAACCAUAUAAAUGUGAUGAAUGUAGUAAGUGUUUUGCAAGGAAAAAUAGCCUUGCAGACCAUCAACAAAUUCACACAAUUGAUAAACCUUAUAAAUGUGCUGAAUGUAGUAAGUGCUUUGCAUGGAAAAAGAACCUUAUAACCCAUCAAAAAAUUCACACAGGUACGAAACCAUAUAAAUGUGAUGAAUGUAAUAAGUGCUUUGCAGGGGAAAACUACCUUUUAUCCCAUCAAAAAAUUCACACAAGGGAUAAACUGUAUAAAUUUGCUGACUGUAUUAAGGGUUUUACAUAUAAAAAGUCCCUUGACAUCCAUAAGCUAGUUCACACAGGUGAAAAACCAUAUAAAUGUGCUGAAUGUAGUAAGUGUUUUACAAGGAAACACAAACUUAUAAAUCAUCAACUAAUUCACACAGGGGUAAAAAUGGAGAAAUUAAAAAGGGAAAAAAUUUAUAAAUGUGCUGAAUGUAGCAAGUGUUUUACCCAGAAAUAUACUCUUAAAACCCAUCAAAAAAUUCACACAGGGAAGAACCUUUAUAAAUGUGCUGAAUGUAGUAAGUGUUUUGCAUACAAAAGUUCCCUUGACAUUCAUAAACUAGUUCACACAGGGAAAAAAAUGUAUACGUGUGCUGAAUGUAGUAAGGUUUUUACUUACAAAAGUUCCCUUGACAUUCAUAAACUGGUUCACACAGGGGAAAAACUGCAUAAAUGUGCUGAAUGUGGCAAAUGUUUUACCCUGAAACAUAACCUUAUAACCCAUCAAAAAGUUCACACAGGGGAGAAACCAUAUAAAUGCGGUGAAUGUAGUAAGUGUUUCGCAUGGAAAUACAACCUUAUAAAACAUCAGCGAAUUCACACAGGUACAAAACCGUAUAAAUGUGAGGAAUGUAGCAAGUGCUUUACCCAGAAAUAUAACCUUAUAACCCAUCAAAAAAGUCACACAGGGGAGAACCCUUAUAAAUGUGCUGAAUGUAGUAAGUGUUUUACCCGGAAACAUAACCUUAUAAGCCAUCAAAAAAUUCACACAGGGGAGAAACCAUAUAAAUGUGGUGAAUGUAGUAAGUGUUUUACCCAGAAACAUAACCUUAUAAGCCAUCAAAAAAUUCACACAGGGGAGAAACCAUAUAAAUGUGGUGAAUGUAGUAAGUGUUUUGCAUGGAAACGGAGCCUUGUAACCCAUCAACUUAUUCACACAGGGGAGAAACCAUAUAAAUGUUCUGAAUGUAACAAGUGUUUUACUCAGAAACCUAAGCUUAAAAUCCAUCAACAAAUUCACACAAGGGAGAAAUCCUAGUGAAGAACUGUAACAAGGGGAAGAAUCUAAGUAUGGCAUGGACUGACUACAAAAAAGCAUUUAAUUGUAUCCCACAUUCAUGGAUAAAAGAGUACUUAAAAAUGU